CAUGCGUUACUCCCACUGGAAUCCGAAGUUUAUUCGCGGAAAUAAACAUUUGCUCAAGUUUUCGUCAAUAUCGAAUGCUGAAAGUAAACCAUUUCAAUUUGAAACUCAUUUGACUGUGCGCAGCGAGAAAACAUACAAUAAAACGGAUUUACCUAUCGAAUUCAAAGUCUCGCCGGAAAGUUUAUUACACUUAGCCGCCAGAGUUGUAGAUGCCUUGCCAUUACCAGACGUCUAUCGAUGGACUAAUGGGGACGUUUGUAAUUGGUUAAAGUGCCUUGGUUAUCCACAUUACGAGCACACUUUUCGUACUAACUUAAUCACAGGACGGAAGCUUCUGCUAAUCGAUGCCAAUGCAUUAUGUGCAAUGAACAUAAAAAAUUUCAGCGAUAUCAAACGAUUAGCAAAGGGCAUACGUCAACUAUUCUAUUUCGAAAUGAUUAAAUUUAUGCGUCGUAUAUCAUUGCCGCCACAACAGCAUUACGAGCUCUACAAACUCUUUCAGACGAGGAGUGGUUAUGCGCAUUUAAAACGCUCCGAUCUCUGGUGCCAAUUGAAAUUGUUGCGAGAAAAAUCAAAAUAUCCGUGCCACUGGGAUAUAAUCGAACACUGGCUGUUACGGGAGACGAGAGAUAGAGAAUUGUUUGGUGCCCUGAAUUGAUUUAAUUUAAGUAAAAGUGAAAUGGAUAU